AUCAUUCAUAAUUAGUUGAGUUAUAAAAUGGCUGCAACCAGUCUAUUUGUUAUGGAGAACAAGGUGUUUUCUGCUUAUCUUUUUUAUUGUGCUUUGAUUCUCCUUAAACUGUUGAUUAUGUCACCAAUCACCAUCACAUAUCGAAUGUUGACCAAUAGUUUCAUGAAUAUUGAAGACACCAGAGCACCAGUGCUUGGCACACGAGACCCAGACAAACAGAAAAGAGCAUUGGUGCCUAAUGAAUCAGUGAACCGAGUGAGGAGAGCACAUCAAAAUGACAUUGAAUGUAUUGUUCCAUUCACAAUUCUGGGAAUGUUGUAUGUAGCUAUCAAACCAGAUUUUGCUACUGCUGAAUUCGUUUUCAAGGUUUUUGCUGGCGCUCGUAUCGCUCAUACGCCAAUAUAUAUAUUGGGUGUACCACAACCUGCAAGAUUUGUGGCGUUUCUGGUGGGAUUCGCAGUCAACAUGUACAUGGCUAUGCAAGUAAUCAUGGCAAGCAAACCUGAACUGUUUCACUGAAAAAAUAGAUAUUAAUUUUAUUUUCAAAUUCUAUUAUGAAUAAUUAAAAAAUAGAUUGCAAAUUGAAAAUUGUUUGACUAGCCUAUAUCUCUAAUUGUAUUGGCUGAAGCAAAUCUAUUCUAUUGUAGGAAGUUGGCCCUUUGUACUGGGUAAACGUUUAUAAAAAAUUAACUUGCGAUUUGAUACCGGCAGCUUAUUUCAAUUUGUUUUUUUAUCGCUUGUUAGAUUGGAUUUUAAUUGCUGCCUUAUUACAAUGUUAUUUGUUUGCAUUGACUUUGUGGGUUUCUCUCAAUUUGCUUCAAUAAAAUAUUUGGAAAUCAUG